AUGACGACUUCAAAUCGUAUUGCUGCUGGAACAAGUGUUAAAGGAUCAGCCUUGCAUGAACUUAAUCAUCCUGCUGGAAUAUUUGUCGAUGUAAAUUUGGAUUUAUAUGUGGCAGAUUGUGGAAAUGAUCGAGUUCAAUUGUUUUAUCUGGGAAAAUCAAAUGGCAUCACAGUAGCUGGAAGUAAAUCACUAAAUCCAACAAUUACACUACGUUACCCAACUGGAAUUAUAUUAGAUGCUGAGAAGUACUUAUUUAUUGUUGAUAGUGACAAUCAUCGAAUUAUUGGUUCAAGCUUGAAUGGUUUUCGAUGUUUAGUUGGAUGUUAUGGAAGGGGUUCACAAUCCAAUCAAUUGAAUGGUCCAUUUACUUUGAGCUUUGAUCAUUCUGGAAAUAUAUAUGUUACUGAUCCAUAUAACGGCCGAAUUCAAAUAUUUUUAUUGAUGAAAGAUUCUUUUGCUCUUUCAUUCAAUCAACCAAAGUUUUGUACAACAUCCAUCUGGAAUUACAAUGGAAUUACUUUUGCUAAUCGUUCGAUUGUUGGUGAAUAUCCUCGCGCAAUUUUUGUGAACACAAACAAUACAAUCUAUGUUGCUAAUCAAGAAGACAACACAAUUGUAAUGUGGAACGAAGAGCAUGUCAAUCCAGCAAAGAUCAUUCAUGGUAAUUUUACACAACCUUACUCUCUCUUCGUGACAUCAAAUGGUGAUAUUUAUAUCGAUGAUGGAUUUGAGAAUGGUCAAGUGCAGAAAUGGAUAGCAGAAACAAAUAACUUUGUCACAGUGAUGAAUGUCAAUUCAUCAUGUCAUGGUUUGUUUGUUGAUAUUAAUGAUACUCUUUAUUGUUCAAUGCCUGAUUAUCAUCAAGUAGUGAAAAGAUCAUUAAAUGAUGCUUUGAUGAAUUCAAAUCGCGUUGCUGCUGGAACAGGUAUUAACGGAUCAGCCUUGAAUGAACUUAAUUAUCCUUCUGGAAUAUUUGUCGAUGUAAAUUUGGAUCUAUAUGUGGCAGAUUCCAUGAAUAACCGUGUUCAGUUAUUUCAACCUGGACAAUCAAAUGGCAUCACAGUGGCUGGAAGUAGAUCACAGCGUCAAACAACUGAACUGAACUAUCCCACUGGAAUUAUACUAGAUGCUGAGAAGUAUUUAUAUAUUGUGGAUCAGAUGAAUCAUCGUAUUGUUGGUUCAGACUUGAAUGGUUUUCGAUGUUUAGUUGGAUGCAAUGGAGAGGGUUCGCAAUCCAAUCGAUUGAAUUAUCCAUUUAGUUUAAGUUUUGGUCGUUUUGGAAAUAUAUAUGUUACUGACCAAAAUAAUCAUCGAAUUCAAAAAUUUGAAUAUUUCGAAGAAUCAUGUAUGAAUACUACAUCAAUUGCUCAAACAGUCUAUACAUCAGAAUUGACAACGAACAGUUCAACGUAUUUACCUAAGUGUUUAAAGUUAAAUUCUUACUAUGAAGCGAUACAAGUGAACGUUCGUAGAAGUGGUCGUUACACUUUUCUCAGCACAAGUAAUAUGGACACAUAUGGCUUUAUUUACAAAGACUAUUUCAAUCCAUUUAAUCCAGUUGAAAAGCAACUCGCAUGGGACGAUGAUGGUUGCGAUCUACAUCAAUUUAUAUUCACAACUGCUCUUGAGGCUAGUAUUACAUAUAUAUUGGUUGUGACAGCCUAUGACACCAAGGUAACAGGUGAAUUCUCAAUCUUGAUAUCUGGUCCAGGCAAUGUUGAUCUCAAGAAUAUUUUGAAUACCUCAUCAGUUGUUCGAACACUCUAUACAUCAAAACUAACAACGAACAGUUCAACGUAUUUACCUGAGUGUUCAUUCUCCAGUUCUUACUAUGAAGCGAUACAAGUGACUGUUCGUAGAAGCGGUUUUUACACUUUCCUCAGCAGCAGCAAUAUGGAUACAUAUGGCUCUAUUUACAAAGAAUAUUUCAAUCCAUCCAAUCCAAAGGAAAAUCUACCCAAAUACGACGAUCAGGGUUGCGAUCUAGAUCAGUUUAUGUUCACAGUUGCUCUUGAGACUAGUAAUACAUAUAUAUUGGCUGUGUCAGUAUCUGACCACAAGGUAACAGGUGAAUUUUCAAUCUUUGUAUCUGGUCCAGACAAUGUUGAUCUCAGUAAUAUUAGUAAGUAUAUGGAUUACAACUAUUAA